AUCUCACAGAAGCACAAUUGUUUCUGUGUGACGUUGCCCGGGCACCAUGGAAACAGCUCUUAGUUUGUGUAAUUUCGUUCGUCAGUCUCAACAACAGCUCGAGAGCUACAGCAACACGACUGAUGCCGGAGUGCUCAAAAUAGGACAUUCUGGUUAGCUGCGGUUAUCGUUAGUUGACCAUAGCUAGCUAGUCUUGUUCAGUUUGAUCUAGCUAACUAGCGAGCUAGGUUAGGUUAGUGACAGUUGGCAAGCUGGUUAGCUAGCUAACGUUAAUAGUUAGCUAGCUAGCAAGCUAGCUACUUGUUUUUUUGCUUGGAAGACGUUAAGAGGUUAUCCACAGAACAAAGACUCAGAGGAUGCUCGAAUCAAUAAAAGUCACUGAAAGGCUCCAUUGGCCAGAGAUGGAGCAGUCUAAGAAGUACCUCCUGAGCUCGAUGGUGCCGGUAGAGAUGGAGAUCUUUAAGAAGUACUCAAGCCCCACAGUGCCAGACAAGCGGCCUGUGAGCCCCACUCAGGUGUGCCUGGAGAAGCUGUCAUCCAGCAUCCUCAAGGACCUCUUCACCACGGGAACAAGCAGCUACAAUGUGUUCCUGCAGGCCGAGGAGGAGGAGAGACAGAGCCCCAAGCACUCCCCGUACCGCAGGCCCAAGAAGACUGUGAGAUGUGCCUCUACAACCAGCAGGUCACACGACAACCACCGCCGUCCGUCUGUAACUCCUCUGUUACUGCUGGGCCAGCAGGGCAGCGGAGACACCAGGGACACCAGGCACUCCUCCUACCACCAUGUCUUCUCUUCCGCCUCAGGGGGCUUCCCCAGCAGACCCAAGCCAGCCCACAGCAUCAAGGUCCUGGGUAGCACCAUGUACCUGUCCCAUCGCCCUGUCUCUCAGCCCCGCAAGACCUGCUUGUCCAGCUCACCCCGUACCAAGCUUCCCUCGCUGCCCAGGGGAGGGGUGAUGCGGGAAGGGGAGAACGCAGGGGUCAAGAAGCUCUGCAUCCUCACCGCCAUCAAGCCGUCCAACGUAGAGAAGGAGAAGGUGAAGUUCUUCAAGUCGGACUUCAGCUACAAUCCUCAGUUUGAGUACAGCAACCCUGUGUCUCCGCUGGUGCUGGCUCGCCACAACAACGCCUCUGACCGCUUCCUGACACAGGCGGUGCAUAUCAUGGAGUUGGCCCUCCAGAAGUAUGGGAACUACGAGAAGUUUGAGCAGGCCACAGGGGGCAACCUGCUCACCAAGGGCCGGAUCUGGUACCUGGUCAAGAAGUACAUGGAAAAGGAGGGCUGUAUUGGGGAGAUAGUGGUCAACGUGACAGACGACCUCCUCUCCAGAGCGUCCAUGACGGUGGUGAAUAGCCGGCCCACUCUGACCAUCAACAUUGCCACAGCCCGGGAACACUGGCUGGAAGGCAUGCUACGACACGAGAUCAGCACACACUACUUACGGGGCAUCAACAACGCUCAGCAGCCGUGGAGCAGUGGAAUCGGCAGGAAAAAGCACAACCUCCGACCUUUCAACCCUACUGAGGAGGGGCUGGCCAGCAUCCACUCUGUCCUGUUCCGUAAGGACCCUACCCUGUGGAGGGCUGCCUUGCUCUACUACACAGUGUACCAGGCCAGCCGCAUGUCCUUCUCUCAGCUGUUCCACAGCCUGGGACGCUUCGUCCAGGACCCCAACACACGCUGGGACUACUGUGUACGAGCCAAGAGGGGGCAGACCGACACCGCACAGCCAGGUUGUUUCAGUAAGGACCAGGUGUACCUGGAUGGCAUCCUGAAGAUCCUAAGACACAGAGAGAGGAUUGACUUCCAGCUGCUCAUGUCCCUGGGGAAGGUGUCGUACGAGGACUUGGAUCGGCUGAAAAGCCUGGCACUGAUGGAGCACGUGAGGAUACCUCACUUCCUUCAGGACACGGCGUGCUACGCUGAACAGCUGGAGAAGAUCAUGGAGGUCAACCAGCUGACUGACGAGGAGCUCAGGGUGCUCAUCUGAGACAUGGAGGAGUAGAGGGCCUGCACACUCAGUUACUCCCACAUACACUACCGUUCAAAAGUUUGGGGUCACUUAGAAAUGUCCUUGUUUUCUAAUUAAAAUAA